AUGUCCGGCCUGGAAGCAAGCCCAGCUGCAGUUGCAGGGUCUCGAUAUGCUGCUCAUCAGCUUCUGGGACCGGAACUGCAACUUCAAAGAGAUGCGAAAACUCCACCACCAGGUAAUUAUAAAGAAGAAAGGAAUGACCCUGAUUCUGCCACCACAAGUAGUUCAGGUGCUGGUGGGUCUUCCUCUGGACGCAGGCCUCGCGGCCGUCCUUCUGGUUCAAAGAACAAGGCCAAGCCCCCGAUAAUCAUUUCUCAGGACACCCCAAAUGCUUUAAGAUCUCAUCUACUUGAAAUAUCCCCGGGUUCAGACAUAGUUGAGUCACUGUCAAACUAUGCAAGGCGCCGCGCCCAUGGAGUUUGCAUUCUUAGCGGAAGCGGAGCGGUCACAAACGUAACUUUGAGACAGCCAGGUGGCGGGAGUACUAGUGCUGCUGUGAUAACGCUGCACGGAAGGUUUGAGAUUUUGUCCCUAACUGGGACAUCACUGCCACCACCAGCACCACCUGGAGCAGGCGGUCUUUCUAUAUUUCUUGCAGGAGGACAGGGACAGGUAGUGGGAGGAUGUGUGGUGGGGCCUUUGAUGGCUUCAGGUCCUGUGGUUUUGGUAGCAGCAACCUUCGCAAAUGCAGUGUAUGAUAGGUUACCAUUGGAGGAGGAUCAAGAGUCAGUACCAGCAGUACAGGUGCAUCAGCCAACAGCCUCACAGUCGUCGGGAGUGACCGGAUCAGGUGGGGGGCAGCGGGGUGAUGGUGGUAACGACGGGAGUAUUGGCGGUGGAGGCGUACCUUUUUAUAAUUUGGGAGUGAACGGUAUGGGGAGCUACCCUUUUGCCGGUCCUGGCCACGGAGAUGCUUUUGCUUGGAGUGGUGCUAGUAAUUCAGCUGGCUUCCAUUUUAAAUGA